AUGGUAAUCUCUUGGAUCCUAAAUGCUCUCUCAAAGGAUAUUACAGACAGUGUGAUGUACUCCAAAACUGCAAAAGAACUUUGUGACAGCUUGGAGCAUAGAUUUGGGAGAUCAAAUGGAGCCAAGCUUUAUCAUCUGCAGAAGGAAUUAUCAGGUUUAGUACGGGGAAACAGUGACAUUGCAGCAUACUUCACUAAGCUCAAACGAUUGUGGGAUGAAUUAGAUGUUUUAAAUGUUAUCAUAUGUUGUUCAUGUGUUUGUGUUUGUGAAGGAAAGGCAAAGUUGACUAAGUCUCUUGAGGAUCAGAGAUUGAUCCAAUUCAUAAUGGGAUUAAAUAACAUCUAUGCACAAGUAAUAGGAAAUAUCCUCAUGAUGAACCCUUUGCCUAGCAUAGAUGUUGAUUAUUCACUUCUCUUGCAAGAUGAAAAUCAAAGAGAAGUUUAUGCAAAUGCAUAUUUUAAUUCUGAAUCAGUAUCAUUCAUGGCAACUGGAGAGGCCAAGCAGCCUAAUGCACAACUUCUAGCUGAUUUUGCAGCUUUUAUGAUCAUAGGACAAGGGAAGAAUUAUCAAAAACUUAGAAGACAUACAAAAGAAGAUUGCUAUAGAAUUAUUAGAUUUCCAAAAGAUUUUGAGUUCACCAAUCACAAAGGUCAUCAGACUCAAAUUAAAGAAAAUGCAGUCCUGACACAUAAGGAACGUGAGAAUUCAGCAGGACAAAGCACUGAGCUCAACAACAGUAACUUUAGACAGCAACUCAGCAAGUUACAGAUUGCAUAA